AUGCGUUCAGUUGGCGCACCACGAUUGACUUACACCUUCGAUAGGGAGUUGAUGAGUACCAUCAUUGAGAAGGUGUACAUUCCUGCUCUGGAGUCAUUCUACCCCAGUGGUUUCGACGAAAUGAGAGGGAUUGCGGAUGGAGCGGACGUAAGCCUGGAUGAUAUCGUGCUGCUCAAUUCUCGCUAUGAUCUCGCCAGGCUCGGGGACGACGGGGCGACGGAGCCAGUCAACGGCCGUCGAGCGCGUAAUCACGACGGUGUGGGAGACAUGGCGAACGAAUGCACCUCGUCGUACUUUCCGCAGGAGUCCACAGCCAAUGGUGACGUUCUCGUCGCUCAGAACUGGGACAUGUCCUCACGCCUGUGGGAAGAUGACUGUGUCAUCUACCUCGAGGUGCAUCCUGAUCCGUCGGAGAACAAGCCCUCGCUCUUCAUGGUGACUGAGGCGGGGCAGCUUGGGCGAUCUGGCAUGAGUUCGGCCGGCAUAGGAGUCACGGCGAACUCCUUGAUGAGUUCAGAAGACUACGUUCCAGUCCCGUACGUGGACGCCGAUGGCCAGCUACACGAUCGCAAAGUGGAGAGGAUCUUGCCGAUCAGCAUGUUGCGGCGCAUGAUCUUGGAGAGCAACCACCUCGCCGAGGCGAUGACUGCGGCGUACAACUUCCCACGCCACGUCUCCAACAACCUUACCAUCGGGACGGCCGAAGGCUUCGGCCUCUGUCUGGAAGUCACACCACAGACGGUAUACAAGGUGUACAAGAGCAACAGGGACCAUUAUCUGGUCCACGCGAACCACUUUGUGCACUCGGGCUUUCUGAGCCGCAGCGGGCUGCAAUGCAAGUACCCGGGCGGAAGCAGCUGGUUUCGACAACGGAGACUCGAGGCUCUCGUCCAGAAAUCCGCGCAAGAGGGCAGCAUCACCAAAGACAGUAUCAUCGACGCGCUUUCUGACCACCUUGGCUUCCCGGAGAGCUUGUGCGUUCACCCAGACCGGAACCCUAUUGACGCAGUCAUACGGCACCUGCCCGGGUAUCCGUUCCGCGGCAUCUCGGCUACCAUAGCGUGCGUCGUGUAUAAUCUGACCAAGCGGGAGAUCACUGUAUGUAGCGGCCCUCCGUGUCAGGGAAGUUUCCAGACUUUUCACUUGCACGGAUCCUCGGGCAAUAGGCUCGGAGUGCCAGUCAAAGCAAUGCAGAAUGGCGUGCGCCCAGAGCGUCCAUAG